GGGCGUGGUGUAUCAUGGGAAAAAGUUUGUAAAUCACUUCUAACCUCCGCUGCUGCAAACUCGUGAUUGGAAGAAGAGACCAGCUGGCCUGGAAAGAGACAGUUUAACCUGUAAAAUUAAACAUAAUAAGAUUCAGUUUGCAUUUGUUUUUUCCGAUUUGCUGGCUAGUGAUGUCUGGAGAGAGGCUACCCAAGGGCUUCAGCUCAACCCCUCUCAAAGACUUCCAGCCAUCAAAGGGCUUUGGCGACGGAAUCCUAUCCGAUGAAGAAGACACUUUUUCUCUGCUUUCUCCAAUCUAUCAUGACAGCUUUGACAGUGACGAAGAAGACCUGAGAUCCAUCCCAGAUCAGCAGACCACUUCCCCCAGAGAGAGAGAUGACUCCAGGCUCAGUAUUUCACCAUUGAGGUGUGAGCUACCAAAAGCGAUUUCGGAGCAGCCUGCAGCUUCACCUACCCUCAGUGCGUGGGAAAUGUGGUUGGUGAAUAAAGCAAAAGAGGAGCGUCUUAAGCAGGAAAAGAAAGUAGAAAAGGAGCGCUUACUGAAGGAAAAAAAAGAAAAACAACAGCGGGAGCAGGAACAGAAAAAGCUCAUCAUGGACGAGAAGAUCCAAGAAUGGCUAAAACUUAAAACAGAACAGGAGAGACAUGAGCAACUUCUUAAACAAAGAAAGGAGGAGGAGGAGAUGCAGAGGCAGCAGGAAAGACGGAGGGAGACUGAACAGAAAGCUCAACAAAAGUACAAAGACUGGCUGCAAAGAAAGAACCAAGAAAAAAUAGAAAAGGAAAAGAAGGAGAAAGAAGAAGCCUCCCUGAAGGAGGAGCAGGAGAUGGAGCGGCGUAGGAGGGCUGAAGAGAAGUUUAAGGACUGGCUGGCAAAGGCGAAUGAAAAAAGCAAAGCUAGUCCCAAAAAGCCCAGCUAUCCAUCAAGUCCCUAUGACAAAUCCUACCCAUCGCCCAGUUUUGUCAAUCCAAUCCCCUGGAAGCCAAUCCAUGUCCCUCCUCCAGAACCAUCCUCCCUCGAGACAUCAAGCAAGAAACCUCUGAAACAGAGAAAAAGCCAACAGAGCCUCAGCGACACGUUUAGGCUGAGAAACACUCAGAGUCCAGCACAUUUGCAGCAGAGAAGAUGACACAGCAGCUUGACGUGUAUGACUGUGAUGCGGUAGCUUAGUUACAGGCUUAACUGUGAUUUCUGCACUGCCACAGCUUCUGAGCCAAGACUCUGCUGAGUCACACAAAGAUUUGUGUUCUCUUAAGGUGGUUGUGGUGAAGACGUAUUUGGUUUAUGUUUUUUUUUUUAAUUAAUGGAUUUAUUCAAAUCUUUAUAUGAUGUUUGUGUGACUAGAUAUUUAAAAGUCCAGAAUACAUUUUUCUGUACAUGUACGGCAAUACUUUUUUUAUUUGGAUAAAUGUGGCACAGUCAAA